GAAGUAAGAAGUGGGAUACACAUCACAGCACUCGCGAAUAGUCAUGGAGCUCAGGGAAGCAGGGCUGCGUCGUCAGGCAGUAAAGAGACACCUGCACAAACACAAUCUGAAGCACCGCUAUGAGUUCCUGGAGACACUGGGCAAAGGGACUUAUGGGAGAGUAAAACGGGCCCGGGACAGUCAGGGCAGAGAGGUGGCUAUAAAAUCAAUACGUAAGGAUCGGAUAAAAGAUGAACAGGAUAUGCUGCACAUCCGAAGGGAGACAGAAAUAAUGAGUUCCAUUUGCCACCCCAAUAUCAUAUCCGUAUAUGAAGUGUUUGAGAACAGCAGUAAAAUAGUAAUUGUGAUGGAAUAUGCCAGUCAAGGUGAUCUGUAUGACUAUAUCAGUGAAAAGCAGCGACUUAGUGACCUUGAAGCAAGGAGAUUCUUCAGACAGAUUGUGUCGGCUGUGCAGUGCUGUCAUGCAAAUGGGAUUGUGCAUCGUGACCUCAAGCUGGAAAAUAUCCUUCUCGAUGAGAAUAAAAAUGUAAAGAUUGCUGACUUUGGGUUGUCAAACAUUUACAACACUGAAAGUUAUCUACAAACAUACUGUGGCAGUCCUUUGUAUGCAUCCCCUGAAAUAGUUAAUGGCAGACCGUACAUUGGACCUGAGGUGGACAGCUGGUCCCUUGGUGUUCUGCUCUACAUCUUGGUUCAUGGCUGCAUGCCAUUUGAUGGGCAAGACUACAAGAAACUGGUAUCUCAGAUCAGCAGUGGAGCAUAUAAGGAGCCUACACACCCUUCUGAUGCCUGUGGACUCAUACGUUGGUUACUUAUGGUAAACCCAGAACGCAGAGCCACUCUUGCAGAUGUUGCUUCUCACUGGUGGGUUAAUUGGGGAUACACACAGCCACUAGCUGAACAAGAGCCUUGCAAGGACACAGAAUCCCCGUUCUCUAUUGUGGGGGGCUGGCUACGGAGAUCCUCUCGUCCCCUUUGGGACAAUAAUUCCAAGAUGAGAUGUUUUUUACGGCAGCAUUUGCCAGGAGGAACGAUCACUAGACAGAGGUCCCUCAAACGUUCCAAAAAGGAAAAUAACAUGAACCAAGGUGUAGUAACACAGACACCACAAGAAAAAGUUCCCACUGUACAACCAGCUCCCAAAAAGGGAAUCUUGAAAAAGACUCCGCAGAGAGAAUCUGGUUAUUACUCCUCUCCAGAGCACAAUGAGGAUCAAACUCAAACACAGAACAAUGAGCUACCACCAUCACCACUGACUUCUUCCCCUUCAGAGAUUCAAACUUGUCAUACUGAUAGCAAUAUAUGUGAUGAACCUGCCCCUAAUGCAGGUAGAAAGGGCAUUCUCAAACGAAAUGGUAAGUUUUCCUCUCCUUGGGCAGCUCCUCAUUUAACGUUUGGAGCUUUAGACUGCCCUUUAAAUGAAGAAAACAUGCAUGGUGGCUUUCUGCCACGGGAUAGAACAUCCUCUUCGAUCAGUCAAGAAAGUAUUCUAUCAACUGAAUCUUUUGAACUACUGGAUUUUCCUGGGAAGUAUAGGGAGCGAGCCCGGGGCAAGACCCGCCUUAUGCGUAACAGCCUCUCAGCAGAAGACCUCUUGCAGCUGAAUGAGGGGAAUAAGCAGGACAUCACCCAACUACGGAAUAUGGCAUGCUAUAGGACUCGUGUUGCCGAAAGUUGCCUCUCACUUGGGGCAGGAGAAGAGGAAGUUUUGCAAGUGUACAGAAGUGCAGUGCUUAUUGGGCAAGAAUUAAGAUGAGCAACCAGUGUCUCCUCUAUACAGCUACAAAGGUUGAUUAAUGGGUGAGCCAUAAAACGAGAGACACAUGGACAAAUGUAUUUUGCAAAGUUAUAGAGUGGAAGGCCAUGCAGUUAGGCACAUGUUCUUCCCUAGAUGCAUUUGUAAACUAGUGUAUUGUAUGGGUCUAGUGAGAGAUGUGUUUCUAAGCACCAUAAACACUUUGUAAAAGUGAUAACCCGGUACAGUUAUGCUGUACAGGGUUUUCAAUCCAAAGCAACAAUACCUACAUUGUGUAGGUCAUAGAAGGUGUUGUUCAUCAAUGCUGAUACUACCUUUUUAGUAGAGUGUCCAAACUAUGAUCAGAUUAAUGUCAGUAUCUUAUAUUAUAUCCUAGUGCUCUAACAACAGACACUCUUAACAGUCCAUAAUGGAUGUACUAGAAGCACAAUUCUUGCACUUUUUGUAACACAACUUCACACACCCAUUUCCAGUGAAAAUGAGUGAACUUUUGAAAAAUUACAUUUAUCAGUGGAGAUGUUCAUUAUAGAUGCUUGUCAUGGUAACCUUAUCUUGAUGAUGAUGACGAUGAUAUAUUUAGAACUAUAAAAGAAUGCAUCUGUCUAAGCUCCCACUCAUGUAUAAAUAUAUCUAGGAAGGAAAAAGAAAUAUAUUCUUUACUAUUUUAAAAGAAAAUCUUAGAACACCAUCUGUUUAAUAAUAGAGUAUAUGAUUCAUUUAAGAUCUUAAUUUUAACAAAAUAAUGAUUUCUAUACAAAUAUAUGGGCACCCCAUUAGUCAUUUAAUUUUUUUUUAAACCACAACAGUGUUUUUUAUGACAUUAUAAAAAGCAGCAAUGCUCAACCUGUGCCCCUUGAAUAGUAGAAGUACCCAGAAACACUUGAGAUUUCUGAGUUUGGAAAUCUGGUAUUCUGCUAUGUACAGAUAAACAACUGGAAUGCUGCAGGCUUGAGCUUCUUAUUUUGCAGGGAACCAAGAAAUGCUGCAAAAAAUUAGGUAAAAAGUAGAGAUCUGUAUCUUGUGAAGGUUACUUGCAUUUGGACCUGAGCAACAGCAGUAUUACCACGCGGUGAUAUUGACAUAAAGUGACUAAAGUAGAAGUAUUCGUUCCAGCUACAAGCGGCUUAUGUUUAACAUUUAGGUUCUACUUUUGUAAAUGGAGUGAUGCAAAAAUGUCUGUAUGUGUAUUGUAUACUCAAGUCUGCUGAUCACAGAAUUGCACAUUGUCCAUGGACUCUUCUUUUUAAGGGAACCAACUUUUAAUGUCAAUCCAGGAAUGUAAUUGAUUAGAGUGAGAGAAGCUGUACUUUUAGAAUUCUUUAUUUAAAAUUUAAAUAUUUAUUUCUUUUUUUUUAUUAGAAAUUUGUUUCCAGCGAGUUUCAUAUCCUUAAAACACAACUUUGUGGGUGCAUUCACAUUUUUUUAUUUACAUAUAUUUUAGGCUGAGCAAACUUUAUCAGAUUGUGAACUUUUUCAUAGUUAGUGGGUACAGUAUGCCCCUGCUGCCAAAUACCUGAAGUGGGGGGGGGGAUGCAACCAUUGAAAUGCGAUGUUUUGUAUCCAUGAUGCUAAAAUAUGGUCCAUUCAUUUUCAGCAGAUUAAAACAAUGGUUUAAAAACUG